CGACCGACGCGUCUUCCAUCAUUGCCACCUUCAGGAUUCUACAACCGCCCAAGUUCCUAAGAGACUGAGACCAGGACCAGAGCUCACGCACAACAUGGCUGCGCAACAGAUCACUCGAGGGGCCAUAGACGCCAUCUUCAAUGACCCUGAGAGGGCAAACAGCGAAUUUCCGGUCCCUAUACUGCAAUGCCUUCAGAUCAAGACCCUCGAAGCCAAGGCACCGGCAGCUGGCGCAUCAGAGCGAUAUAGAGUCGUCCUUAGCGAUAUCCAUAACUAUGUCCAGUGUAUGUUAGCGACGCAGGCGAACCACGUCGUCCAUGAUGGCAAGCUCCUGCGAGGGUGCAUUGUGCGCCUGAAGCAAUACCAGGCGAACUCUGUGAAGGGUAAAAACAUCCUGAUCAUCCUGGAUCUUGAAGUCAUAGACUCGCUGGGACAACCAGACAAGAUCGGCGAGCCCGUCAACGUGGAAAUAAAGCAGAAUAAUGGCAACACGAUGAUCGGCGGAGCCGGAUUCUACGGUGUGAAGACCGAGACACAGGAGUCUAAGCCGGCCGUCCAGAAACAAGUCGCCAGCCGUCCAAGUGGAGGUGGUGGCCCCAGCGGCAAUAGCACCAUCUACCCUAUCGAGGCGCUCUCGCCGUAUGCACAUAAGUGGACCAUCAAGGCGCGGGUAACGAGUAAGUCGGAUAUCCGGACAUGGCACAAGGCAAGCAGCGACGGGAAGCUGUUCAGCGUGAACCUGCUCGACGAAAGCGGCGAGAUCAAGGCGACUGGAUUCAACGACCAGUGCGACCAGUACUACGAGAUGCUCCAGGAGGGGUCUGUCUACUACAUCUCCAGCCCUUGCCGGGUGUCCCUGGCCAAGAAACAAUUCACCAACCUCCCAAACGACUACGAGCUGGUCUUUGAGCGGGACACGGUAAUUGAGAAAGCCGAGGACCAGAGCGCCGUUCCGCAGGUGCGCUUCAACUUCUGCAACAUCCAGGAACUGCAAGAUGUUGAGAAGGACGCCACGGUGGAUAUCAUCGGCGUCCUGAAGGAGGUUGGGGAAAUCUCCCAAAUCGUGUCCAAGUCCACGGGCAAGCCAUACGACAAGCGCGAGCUCACCCUCGUGGACGACACCAACUUCUCGGUCCGCGCCACCAUCUGGGGGAAGACGGCGAACAGCUUCGACGCGAAACCCGAGUCGGUCGUGGCCUUCAAGGGCAUGCGGGUCGGCGACUUUGGGGGCCGCAGCCUGUCGCUCCUCUCGUCGGGCACCAUGGCGGUAGACCCCGACAUCCCCGAGGCGCACACGCUCAAGGGCUGGUACGACGCGUCGGGCCGCAACGACAACUUCGCGACGCACAGCGGCAUGGCGUCCAUGGGUGGGGCCACGGGCCGGACGGACCAGGUCAAGCACAUCAGCCAGGUGCGGGACGAGAACCUGGGCAUGGAGGACGUCGAUUACUUCACCCUCAAGGCGACCAUCGUGUACAUCAAGCAGGACACCUUCUCCUACCCGGCCUGCCGCAACGAGGGCUGCAGCAAGAAGGUGACGGACAUGCAGGACGGCACCUGGCGCUGCGAGAAGUGCGACGUCUCCCACCCGCGGCCCGAGUACCGCUACAUCAUGACCGUCAGCGUCGCCGACCACACGGGCCAGCUGUACCUCAGCUGCUUCGACGACGUCGGCCGCAUCGUCAUGGGCGGCAAGUCCGCCGACGAGCUGAUGGAGCUGCGCGCGAACGACGAAGACGCCCGCCUGACCGCCGAGUUCGAGGCCGCCAACUGCCGGAAGCUGAGCUUCAGGGUCAGGGCCAAGAUGGACACCUUUGGCGACACCCAGCGUAUUCGUUACCAGGUCAUGGGUGCCACGCCCCUGGACUACAAAUCCGAAGCCGCCAGGUUGUCCGAGCUCAUCAAGGAGAUGAGCGUGUGAUGACUGAUGUUGAAGUGCUGUGAGGGUUUGGGGGUUGUAAUCGGAUGAAGCAUACAUGAUGCCCUCUCUCUCUCUCUCUCUUUGCCUGGGUGUUUUCUGCCGGAGCCGCUCCUCUUGGUAUUGCUGAAAGAGCCUCCUGUUGCCCCUCGGGCACUCUCGAGCUGAAUGUAUCUCUAUAUGUUGUUCAAACCACGGAAGAUGGACAGGGGUCAAGAUGUGAGGUGAGGGAAGACGAAAAGGAGUACCGGCCACACGGAUCGGGCGCGGAUGCAGGGCUACUUCCUACGGGACAGACGGUAGAGUGGGCAUGGGAGAUAAUGUGGCCAGACUAUUCAAUACUAUUUGCUGUGAUGAUCUGCUUCGCCGGCCAUCUAUACAACCAACG